AUGGCGAAUAAUUCAUACAACGCCAACCAGCAGUGGACCCAUCCUCAAAUGGCGUACCGUCGACCCAAUCUUCAACUAGAGGGCGAAUUCGAGUUCGAUUCAUUACAUUUACAAGAUGUCAAUGCAAACGGUCGCCAACGACAGCUACAAUCGCAGCAACAACCAGCUGCCUACCCGAACGCUUAUCAGUUUUCACAGCAGCAAGUCCCUACCACCCUAGCGUCCUCAUCGCUUCGAGAUGCGUUUGGUCCCAAUCCACAGCAAUCGCAUGUCAGGCCAGCUUCCUAUAACGUCUCACCUUCCGCUGCCAAUACGUCUGGUUCUUAUCUUCAUGGUGUUUACGGUUCGGCCGCCAAUCCAGGCCAGGAUCUGGUCCCGAAUCCGUACCGUAACAAUGAGUCCUUCAACUUUCAAACUACCGCAGCUCAGCCUUUGGAGAGUGAGCCAUUUUCAGGCGGCUACGCCUCAUCAUCUGUGACGAUGCAAGAUUCUUUCCCUCAGCCCUCGUCUUCCAAUUCCUCGCACCAGUCACCCUAUUAUACAUCGCAAACCAAGACGGAAACAGGGACAGCACAUCAGGCCAAACGUCCUCGCAAAAAUCCUUCGGCGGAGGACGGAAAUCCAGAGGAUCAUGAUGGUGACGUUAAGGAUAAUGGCAAAGCAAAACCUGCUCGUGCGUGUGCUCGGUGCAAAAAUCUGAAGGUCAGAUGUGAGGCCAAGACGGAAAACGACCCUUGCAAACGUUGUUUAAACGGUGGGCAUGACUGUAUCACCCCUGGGAAGAAGAUACGUCGAACCCCCCCUAAACGCGAGCACCUCAUCAGUGAAAUUCAAAGUCAGGCAAAAGAGAUACAACGCCUCAUGGGGAUCCUGGAUGCGAUGGGCAAUCGUGAUUACUCGAACACUAAUAGCCAAUCCGACCACACUUCGUCGUCUAGUCUCCAUUCUCCCGUCCUCUCCCCAUCGCCGACCUCUGAUUCCUUCCUUGGUCCAGAUGGCCAUUCAAACACCGAAGAAAGGAACAACACGGCUACAAUCAAAGCAGUCGAGGAAUGGAUCGCAAAGGCACGGGAGAGCUUCCAAGAAUUUGGUUCGUUUAUUGGGAUAGGAGGCGCUGGGAUGCCCAAAAACUACCUUGUAGAGGACGAUUGGGAGGGAGGCGAUUCUGACGGGGACGAAGAUCUUGUUAAUACUCCAGAACCAGAGACAUUUGGCAGUGAAGAUGACCAUUACAACGUAGCUGUGGAGGACACUGAUGGCGACGAGCCACCGCAUCAGGAAGGCCGUAGGCUCCGUCAUCGGUCUUCAGCGUCUAGCGGUGGCACCAGUGGGACUGCUAGCGGAUUUUCUCGGAAGAAAUUGGCUGGUGAAAGUGCAAUUUUGCCUGCCGUGGCAUCACCUUUUGGCCUGUUCGGAAAGUUGGCCAUCAAGAAUCAAGGUAGCAGGGAGAGUAGUGUGGAAAGAGAGGAGGACAAGGAACCCGGAAUUGGGAAUCAUAACUUUUUCAAGCCAACUGAUGCGCCCGAAUCACUGGUGCAGAGGCUUGAUAAAGGGCAAAACCAAGCGCCUCACAUCCUGACACGGGGGAUCAUUACCCCGAUGGAAGCGGAGAAAUUGUUCCAAAUAUAUUUCGAUCGGAUGAACCUUUCGGUUUCCCUUCUAGACCCCGUCCUCUACACGGCGCAGAGGACAUUCUACCGGAGCCCAUUUCUGUUCACUGUUAUUUGCGCUAUUGCCUCACGCUUCUACCCCGAAAGGCCGGGUCUCUACCCCCAAAUAAUGCAUUACGCUCAACUGGCCGCUGGUACAGCACUGAUCAACGGCACCAAAAACGUGGAAAUGUGUCAGGCGUAUAUACUUCUCAGCCUUUAUCCCGUUCCUGCUCGAAAGUGGGAAGACCAGCGCAGUUGGUUGUAUCUUGGGCUAGCAAUCAGAACCGCCACGGAUUUAAAUCUUCAUCUCCCCUCGAAUGCGAAACCCCUAAACGAAAACCAUGCACGCGAGAUGCUCAAUCGGACUCGUGUCUGGCUUAACUGCGUGAAUCUCGACAGAUCAACAGGGUCACAAUACGGCAAGCCACCGAUUAUCAGUGGUGCUGAUUACAUGGCAAAUCACUCUCAAGAUUGGUGGAAGAGCUCGCUUUACAACAUGAAACACUUCGACAUUCACAUCUGUGCAUACAAUGCAGAACUGAAAGUCUUGGCGGGUUUCAUUGCAAAGAUAUACAGUGAUCCAAAUCACCCAACAGGACUUAACAAGGAGGUCGAUUUCGAAGGGAUAGCGACAGCGACGGAUGACGAGUUGAAGCGAAUGGGCGACAAAUGGAUUUCUACUGUCCAGCAAACAGAUAUGUCUGACCCACAAAACUGCUUCCGGACUGGCCUUCUCCGUUUGGCGUACAGCUACGCUCGGCUCGUCGUUCUCUCCUACGGUUUUCAACAUGCAUUUGGAAAGAAUGACGGAACGGACGAGAAUCCGUUUCUUAUCAGGUGUUUGACCGCUGCAAAAGACGUCGUCAACGCAGUUGUGAACGAUAUUUGUCGACCAAGUCAAUUACACUAUUUCCGGCAUGGACCUGAGGCUCAGAGCGUUUUCGUAACCUUCGCUUCGGCGUUUCUUGUGAAACUUCUUCAACCAAAAUUCGCUUCAUACCUGACCUCUGAAAAUCGCUCUGAAAUCCGACGGCUUGUCCAGCAGGUGAUUGACCUCCUCGCGUCUCCGGAGGUUGCCAUCGACGAUCGACACGGCCCAAAACUCUACUCGCGUUUCCUCAGGAAUCUACUAUCGAAGCCUAUGGCAAGGUCGGACCCGACGUCUCCAGGAUCUAACUCCAGCGCUCCUCUGCCCCGUCAACGCAAUCGAAGGCCAAACUCCGCUUCAGAACAGGCGCCAGAUCAGCCGCGGCCGUUUGAGAUACCCUCUAGUGUGUAUAGCCAUCCUUCUCCUGCAACAAGUACGUCAUUGUCGCCUCCGCCCACAGCGGCUGCGUUGUCUUUCGACAACUUUGCACCCGUCGGUGCUGUGGACCCCUUCGCACCAGACGUCUUGAUUGCUUCGUCUAUGGACCAAUCGCUGGAAGAUGGCGUGGAUGUGGCUUUUUUCCAACCUGCCCUGCCUUUCGACGAUGCCAUUAUGCAAAGCGUGCAAUCUUUGGCGGAUCCAUCUGGCUGGCAAGAUAUCUCAUUACCAGGAUUCAAUUGGAUGACCCAGUUCCAACAAAAUCUUGGUUUGGAUUUACGAUCUACUGACGCUGCGAUGUUUGACCACACCUCUGCGUAUAUGACGGGGAUCUAG